AUGACCCAACUGCUUGCUAGAAAACAAGUUAAAGGAACUGAUUGUUCUAAUGAAGAUGAAGAACUAAUGUACUGGCUGGGGAGUAAAUUCAAAGAUGGUUCUUGGUCAGAUUACCAAACCGGAGAGAAACUCAUACUAGAAAAUGUCAAAGAUCCCAAAACAGAGCAGGAAGGAUGUUUAAUGAACUACUUUGGUGAAUUACAGGCUAGAGAAUGUAAAAGAAAGUAUUGUUCCUUCUGUAAACUCAGAGAGAAAACAUCACCAAUACUAGUUAAAGGAAUAUGUUCACUAGAGACUGAAGAAAACAAAAACUUUGAUACCAUCUUCUAUCUUAGUGGUAUACGUAACAGUAGAAUAUAUUUCAGAGGAUCUGGGUUCAGCCAUCUCUACUAUAAACCUGGAGAAGGUGACACUAGUGAUAGUAGGACAGGAAACUGGAUCAUUCAAUCCCUCCGGGAUCCAACUUUGGAGAUAAUACUGCCAAAGAAGUAUUCUAAACUUUAUCCUUUCGGGAGAUAUAUUUGGGAAGUAGGUUCUAAGGAGGUAUGUGACCUGGUCCCAGGUACUCCCCUCCCCCUCACAUUUACAUCAUGUCCAGAGGAGUCCUUUACCUGUUCCAGUGGGGAAUGCAUUCCUCUUGCAAACAAGUGUAACUCUAAGAUUGACUGCACCGAUGAAUCUGAUGAAUCACAGUGCAACUACCUCCAGGUUCCUGAUAUAUAUUCUGGACAUCUUGGACCAAGAUCUAAAGGAAACCAACCUGUCCCUGUAUAUAUAAACAUCUCUAUCCUGGCCUACCCUGAUAUUGACACUAUGGGAUUAAAGUUUACUUCGGACUACUAUAUCAACCUUAGAUGGUAUGAUGGUCGUCUGAGUUUCAAAGAUUUGAACGACAAUUCUAUCCUGAACAAUGUACAGUUGGAAGCUCUGAUCACCAUGUGGUCCCCGCAGCUGGCCUUUCUUAAUGCCCUUGGCCCCUUUCAAACCGUUGUAGAUGAUCUUAGUGUUUGUACUAUUGUAUUGGAGAAAGCACCAACCUUUGAUGAUAAGACGGAUAGCUGGGAGUGUAAGUACAUAUAUACGACAGUGAAAUUAGUUUUUUUGUUUGAAACUAUUGUUAGUAUUUUUAUUUCGUGUUUUUUUAGCAUGUUCGGACAUUUUUCAACCUCACCGUACGGUUUAUAA